ACGCGAGUCCGUGAAGUCAUAGAGACCGCGUCCUUGGUAUAAAAUCGUGUCACUCCAUAAACUCCACCAUUGAAAGAGAGAGACUUGCAACGAAUAUGCAGAUGAACAGUUUCUGGUGGAUCAUUUCAUCGCUCAUAUGCUCGCUGUUUUUGGCAGGAACUAUUGCCGAAAAUCCUCCCGAAAGGUCAGAUUUUCCGUCGGAUUUUGUAUUUGGAGUGUCAACUUCAUCUUAUCAGGUGGAAGGAGCGGUGAAAGAAGGAGGAAGAGGACCGAGCAUCUGGGACAGUUUUACCCAUGAUCAUCCUGAGAAGAUAGAUGAUAGAAGCAAUGGGGAUUUUUCCGCGGAUUCUUAUCACCAAUACAAGGAGGAUGUAAGGAUGGUUACAGAGGUGGGUUUGAAUGCCUACAGAUUCUCCCUCUCCUGGUCCAGGAUUCUACCAAUAGGAGGACAUCUGAAAGGAGGAGUGAACAAGGAGGGCAUCAAAUACUACAACGACCUCAUCAAUGACUUGGUCCUUCAUGGGAUCGAGCCUUUUGUGACAUUGUUUCAUUGGGAUGUACCCCAAGCCCUUGAGGAAGAAUAUGGAGGAUUCUUGAGUUCUAAAAUUGUGGAUGACUUUCGAGACUACUCUGAUAUUUGUUUUAAAGAAUUUGGAGAUAGAGUGAAAUAUUGGAUCACCAUAAAUGAGCCCUUGACUGUGGCUGCAGACGGCUAUGAUUUGGGCAUCAAAGCCCCAGGGCGUUGUUCGGUAGGCUUGGGGGAUUGUAGGGAAGGGAAUUCAGCAAUAGAGCCAUACCAAGUUGCCCAUAACUUCAUCCUAGCUCAUGCAAAUGCUGUCCAACUCUAUAGAAACAAUUACAAGGAAGUACAAAAUGGAGAGAUUGGGAUGUCAGCUUCGUGCAGGUGGCUCCUGCCGCUCACUAACUCGACUGAGGAUCAAGAAGCUGCCAUUAGAGAGCUGGACUUCACCCUUGGUUGGUUUGUGGAGCCACUGGUUCGGGGAGAUUAUCCGAUAACUAUGAGAGAAUACGUGGGAGAAAGACUACCCAAAUUCACCCAAGAGCAAAGUGAUAUUGUGAGGGGGUCAUAUGACUUCAUUGGGCUCAAUUACUAUACAGCAAGAUAUGCGUCUAAUAUUCCACAUCUGCUGCCCACACCACCAAUUCGCUACUCUCUCGACGCUUAUGUUUCUAAAUCUUAUGAAAGGAAUGGCCUCCCCAUUGGCCCAAAGGCUGCUUCUUCUUGGCUAUACGUGUACCCACAAGGUCUGAAGGAGCUGCUGGUGUACGUAAAUAAGCGUUAUGACAACCCCAUCAUUUACAUCACAGAGAAUGGUGUGGAUGAAUACAACAACCAUACCAUCUCCCUCAAACAAUGCCUCAAUGACACUUGGAGAGUGGACUACCAUCGCUGGCACAUGCCAUCCAUCCUAGAAGCCUUGAGGGAAGGAGUGAGGGUUAAGGGUUACAUUAUAUGGUCCCUCCUUGACAAUUUUGAAUGGGAGAAUGGGUACACUGUUCGCUUUGGUGUCUACUACGUUGACUUCCUGGACAAUGCAAAGAGAUAUCCCAAAUAUUCUGCCUAUUGGCUAUCAAGCUUUCUUGGAGGAAAAAUUCCAAAUCCUAAAUAUAACAGGCAUGACUUGAAGAAUUUCAUUACCCAUGAUACUAUGUAAUUUGUAAUGAGAAUGUAUUAAUAAUGGACCUAAGUAUAUAUUAUGCCAUAUCCUUGUGUAUUUUUUUGAGUAUUUAUAAUGGACCUAGGUAUAUUAUCCCA